GGGCUCAUAUGCGGAAGUUUCAAUUCCCUUCAGUCCUCUUCACUUCGAAUGUGAGAACCGACGAUAUCACACUUCUGCACACCGCCAGACAUUCUGACAAGACAAGGUGAAUCAUGAGCAACAGUUACAGCGUGACGCUUGCUGGCCCUGCUCCAUGGGGUUUCCGAUUGCAAGGAGGGAAGGAAUUCUGUCUUCCUCUCACCAUUUCACGUCUGACUGAUGGAGGCAAAGCGCAAAGAGCCAAAAUGUGUGUUGGCGACAUCAUUCUGUCCAUUAACGGCAUGUCGACACAUGGCAUGAAUCACCUAGAGGCUCAGAACAAGAUUAAAGCCUGUAUCGGUCAUCUCAAUCUCAUUUUACAGAGAGAUGCUAAAGGGGAAGUUCCUGUGGAUGAACCUCAAGAAAUAAUUAAGCCUGUCCCAAUCACUCACCCUGCCCCAAGUUCCACACAAACCAAGCCAGCAAAUCCACCCAGUGCUGCAUACAACAAGACAGCCCGACCAUUUGGUGGGGACAGUGGUGUGGUCACAGCUUCUUCUUCCCCUGCUGCCCACAAAGUGGCAUCCAUCCCUUCUGAAUCAUCUGCUUUCACACCUGCUGCCUCCACUCCCCCACCGCAACCUCCAUUUCCACUGAAGUCAACCCUCCAUGCACCAGAAUCAGCUCCACCAAGUUCAGGUCCCAGGCCCAGCUCUGGUCGCACCGCCUUCACUUCACCUUCUGCCUCUUCCUCCUUGUCUAACUCCUCCUCUCCAGCUAAAGUGACAGCUCCCUCCUCCAAUCCUAAUGUCCCACAGCCCUCGGUCUAUAACUCACCUAUCAACCUCUACUCCAAUGUCAAUGCCUCUGAGGUGGCUAUGGGACAGAGACGGGGUCUAUUGGAGAGCCAAGGGAUGUCAGAGCAGUUCAAUGGGAAAUCUAGCGUUGAGCCAGAAUCAAGCCAGGCCUCCAUGAUCUGCGACCCCAGCAAGCUGCGUCUGAUUGAGGACACGGAGGACUGGCAUCCGAGAUCGGGUACCUCCCAGUCCAGAUCCUUCCGGAUUCUGGCUCAGCUCACCGGCACUGAGAAUGAUCAAGAAUCAGAGAGCAGUGGAAGAAAUGAGGCAGGUAACCAAAUCACCCCCGAUGUGCACACUUCUCCUGCUGCUAAAGCAUAUUCCAAAGCUGCACCCAGGAAUGGGAACACCCCAGUGUCCACCUUCAAGAGCCCUGCUGCCCAGAAGAACCCUUCCUAUCAAGCUGGAGGUGCAUCAGUCUUUCCUAAGGGUGGUGCAGCUCCUGUAUUUGGGAAAGUUGCCAGUCCUACUCCCAAAGGUCCACACCGGCCCACCCCACAGCCGCACCCACAGGACCUGGACUCUCUGGUGCAGCAGGCGGAGCACAUCCCAGCUGGUACACGCACCCCAAUGUGCUGCAAGUGCAACAAAGUCAUCAGGGGUCCAUUCCUUGUGGCUAUGGGCAUGUCAUGGCACCCUGAGGAGUUCAACUGUGCUCACUGCCGUGCCUCCCUGACAAAUGGUGGGUUUGUGGAAGAGAAGGGACAGGUGUACUGCGAACAUUGCUACGAACAGUUCUUUGCUCCCACCUGUGCCCGUUGCCACCAGAAGAUCUUGGGGGAAAUCAUGAACGCCUUAAAACAGACCUGGCACGUGUACUGUUUCGUGUGUGCUUCCUGCCAACAACCAAUCAGAGGCAAUGUCUUCCACAUGGAGGAUGGGCAGCCCUACUGUGAAAGAGAUUACUACACCCUCUUUGGUGCAAACUGCCACGGCUGCGAUUUUCCUAUCGAGGCCGGGGACAAAUUCCUGGAGGCUCUGGGAUUCACCUGGCACGACACCUGCUUCGUCUGUGCGGUCUGCACCACUAAUCUGGAAGGACAGCCGUUCUUCUCCAAAAAAGACAAGCCUUUGUGCAAGAAUCACGCCAACACUGUCAAGAUUUGACAGACUGUGAUCUGAAGCCAAACGUUUAUAUGACUCAUUCAGGUGUUAUUACCCCCACUUUAUUAAAAUGAUCUGAUUUAAUUUCCGUUUGUAUAUUCGGUUAGAUUAUCAUGAGGUUGUGACUUCUACUGUAAAUCUUAUUUUAUUUACCCAUAGCACCAUUUUAACCUGUCACUCUUACGCACAAGGACAUUUCACUACAGCACACGUGUACAUGUGACAGUGAGCUGAUAAUGUUUUUGUUCUGAGAUCUUUUAGCGCAGUGACCAUCUGGUACAUUCAGGGGUGCUGAGGAAUACCCACAUUGAAAUCUGUGCAAGAACUCACCUGAAUCUAAUCAUUGCAACAACUGUUCAAGGUUAAAAUAUUUAUGUGAAAGCGUGAUGUCUUUUGGCAAAAAUAAAUAGAUUCACAUACAGACCACUGGCCUUCAGAAGAAAAGCAGGGAUUUUAUAAUAUAUUUAUAGUUUUGAAGUAAUUAUGCUUUGUAAUCCUAAUACCUACUAAAUGGAAAUGUUAAGUUAAUAUUGUAGUGGUGUAUAAAUUAUGCUCUUUUCACAAUAAUUAUACCAAACAGCACUGUAAUGAUUGACUUUGGUAAUGUGAGAAUGUUUUUUCAGGCCAGGAGGAGUAUGCUGAUGGGGUCUUAUAGUAAUGACACAGAUUUAAAUAGUGGUGUUCUGUGGUUUAUGUAUAUUUUGCAGUGAAGCAUUUGUUAAAGUUAUACUUAAAGGGCAAACGGCUUGUGCAUUGAUCUUCCAGUAAAUACCCAUACAGAAAAUGGAGCGUAUUGUACUUCAUCACACUUGUUUGGUUUUCAAACUGGGUCAGUUUGACAUGGAUGUUGCUGAAACUAGAGUUGUAUCACCAGUGAUGGUGGCUGGUAGCAGCGGUGCUCCCGAACUGAGCGGCUACGAUAGAACCCAAUACGACAAUGUGAUUAAGUGGCUACAGCCGAAUAGUAUUGCUAGCUUGCUAUUUAGUAGUCAAUAAGCAGUAUGUCACAAUCCGUAGGGUGUUUGAACACUCAAAGUCAAACUGUACCUGGAUGAUCUACCACCUCCAUAGUGUGCAAAAUGACUACACAAUGCUAUCGUGAGGCAUCUGGACCCUCGUAACUGCAGACUACAAGGCUCCCUGGAAUGGUACAAAUAUAUAUUAAAUAUCAGGAACCAUUUUUUAAAUAAAGUCUGCUGUUGCAAAAUAGAAACUUUUGCAGUGUACUUGGAUAUCUGCAUAUGUGUAAUCCAUAAACAUCGAGGUCAAAGGACGGGUAAGAUGGUAGCGGUGGAGUAGGCGUAAAUUGUGUCCUUACAUCGAGUACACACUCCAGUAGCAAUUUGGUAGUAGGUUCCUAACCAACAUUAAGACAUCGUGAGCAUCUAGACACGGGAAAUGUAUUGCAGUACUGCUACCUAAAAUAUUUUAAGAAUAAAUUGCUGAUGUUUUGUAGAGCUUGUUGCCAUUUUGAAUUUUGUUGAAAAUUGUGAGCAAAGGUGCGGAAAUCCUGUGAGAUGUUGUCAUAGUUACAGAAAAUU